AUGAAUAAAGCUCUGACUCUGAGCAGGAGGGUUGGGAUGUUAGAAUUGUGUAAGUUUCAGAUGAAAUCGUAUAUUUCUCGUCGUUUUGGCACAUAUAUUGGUACUUCUCUGAAACCAUUCUUAGAAAUUAAAGAGCCCCAUAUGCGCUUACUUGGCCCAUGGCCUUUUGAUCGACGUGUAGUACUCGUUACUGGAUAUUUAACCUGUAUCUCACAACCUUUCGAUCCGUGGGAGAAAAGAUACUUCAAACCUCUUCCGAUAUCCACAGGAAACCCAUGUGUGGAUCUUUUUUUGUUUGCGGGUCCUGGUAUCUGCAUUGGCUGUACUUAUUAUCUAUUGGAUUUGGCUUGGAACCACAACCCCCUGACCACUUUGAAAAUUAUCCUCUACAUGCCAAAAAUACCUAAGCCUAGAGCUUACAAGAGUUUCCACCGUCCUCUUCUUUGGCUUUACCAUAAGCAUUACAAAACCUUAGCAUGCAACCUGAGGUCCUUAGCUGAGUGUGGAUAUUUGAAACAUUUGCCUUUACUUCUUCUUCAGUUGCUGCAAAGUGACACAAAAUUUGAAACUAAUUAUUGGAUUAUUGAUAGGGAAUCCUCAAAUGGCACUUUCAUAAAUGCCUAUCAUGGGGAUGACGAUUAUCGUUUUAUAUACAAUCAGAUAUCAGAUCUCUUCAGUGAGUUGCUCAAGUCUGAUCUUGAGUUCUUGAAAUCUGGCGAUCUUCAUAAAAUCAGCCUCGCAGCUAAGUUUUGCCCCUCUCUUAACACAUUUUUUGAUUACGCAACACUUAUGUGUGAGAGCAUCACCAGAAGGCUCUUUCCCCAAGAUUUAGAUCUAAUAUAUAAGAAAAUUUCAGAGCCUCAUUACGCAUAUAGAGUCAGAGAUCGUCUACGUAAAGAAGUCAUUGCCCCGCUUCGUAGAGCUUUAAACUCGCGCGAGUCUCACAUUCCAGCCGGGGAGGUUCUCAUACAGGAGACUCGUUUGACACACAAUAAAGACACACAACAUAACGAAGCUCUUCUAACAUGCACUAGAGAAAGAAACAUGAAUUUCAAAAACUGUUGUGUGAGGAAAUAUGCAAAUACAAAGAUCCCAGUUGAAGAAUUACUUCCUCACAAGAUCUUGUGUUCUCUUUAUGAUGGCAGUUGUGCCGAACUUGCUAAUUUACAAUGGAAGAAAAUGAUCGAACACCUCACAAUGAAGGGGAAGUUGACAAAUUGUCUUGCAUGUUGCGAUGUCUCACCUAGCAUGACUGGGUUUUGUACUACAGUUAGCAUUGCACUUGGGCUUCUAAUUUCAGAUUUGAGCCAAGGCCCAUGGAGAGGAAAGAUUAUGACAUUCAGCCAUGAUCCUCGGCUUCAAAAGAUUGAAGGAAUUGAUCUACAAAGUAGGACUGAUUUCAUGGAGACCAUAAUGGAUUGGGGAUUGGAAAUAGAUCUUCGAAAGGUGUUUCUUCACAUCUUGGAAGUUGCAGUCAAAGAAAACAUUGAUAAAGACCAAAUGGUGAAGACAGUUUUUGUGUUUACUAGUAUGGAAUUCAUUGAAACUUGCUGCCAUGAUAAUUGGAAUAUUGAUUAUCAGAAAAUUAGAAAUAAGUUUUAUGAAAAUGGAUAUACCACUCUGCCCGUUAUAGUUUUUUGGAACUUAUUAAGACAUCGUCACAGCUUCUCCUCAGUAAGAGACUUUAAUGCCUUGAGGAGAUCAGGUUAUGACUUUGGGUUAGGUAUAGUGCCAAAUGAGCCUCAAGGGGUAAUUUUGAUUAAAGGCUUUUCAAAUGAAUUGUUGAGAUUGGCUAUAGAGAAUAAUGGGGUUAUGAACCCUGACGCCAUCAUGGAAAUGGUCAUCUCUGACAAAAGAUAUGAGAAAGUCAUGGUUUGCGAUUAA